AUGCAUGCUGGAUAUCUACCUGUUGAUCCAAAACAUCAUGGAGCCUUAUUCUUCUGGCAUUUUGCAAGCAAAUAUAUUGCUGACAAGUCAAGAACAGUGAUUUGGUUUAAUGGAGGUCCUGGUUGUAGUAGUCUCAUUGGAGCUUGGAUGGCGAUUGGUCCUUUCCGCUUUCAAGAUGAAAAUACAAUAAUUGAAAAUAAUGGAUCUUGGCAUAUGUUUGCCAAUCUAUUGUUUGUCGAUCAGCCUGUUGGUACUGGUUUUUCCUAUAUUGAUACAGACGCGCUUAUUCAUGAACUCGAUGAAAUGGCGAAUCAUUUUGUUAGCUUUCUCGACCGAUACAUCGAAGUUUUCCCCGAACUACUUCAAAACGAUAUCUAUUUGGCUGGUGAGUCUUUUGCUGGUCAAUAUA